GCGCAGAUGGUUCAGCCAUCCGGGUUCUUUUCAGGAAUCUUGGAGAGGAGGCGGGAAAUGGCGUCCCAAGUAGCUGUCGUGUAGCAGUAGAUUUGAGUCGAAAUUCACAACCCGGUAAACCAAGCUGACGCCGAGCAGAAGAGGGUCGCCACCAUUGUGGCUUCAAGCACGACGACUUCAGCUACAAGUUAACCCCAUUCCGGGCAUGUAAGCGCUGGAACUCUUUCAUGUGACGACUGGGACGAUGAGGCUGAGAGUACGCAAGGCGUCUCAGCAGCCCACCCCACCCCCACCCCCACCUACACGCAGCUCCCAGGCCAAGAGAAAGCACUCCGAGGUCGACCGCAGCAUCGCCCCCGCCACCGCCGUAGCCAGGAUGCAGAAAAAUGAGACCGGCCUAUUCUCCACCAUCAAGCGAUUCAUCAGAGGAAAUGCUGUCAAGGUGGAUCAGUGCACUCCGGCGAAGAGGAGUCGGAUGGACAGCGAUGUGGACAGCAAUCUGAUCACCUCGACUCCAACCGCUGGCGGCAAAGCAGACCCCAGAACCCGCCGGAAAAACCCUGCCAAUGGAGACACAGUGACGCGUGAUGGUAAGCCUGCAAAGCCCAACGGAAAGCUGACUGUCCAGGUGGAUGACAUCCCCUGCAGCCCCCCGCGCACCACCCUCCUGGGCACCAUCUUCUCCCCCGUCUUCAACUUCUUCUCUCCGACAAGCAAAAAUGCCUCUGCGGGGUCGGACUCCGCCGGGCAGGCCAUGGAGGCGGAGGAGAUUGUGAAGCUGGAAAUAGAGCCCCUGGAGGAAACCCCUAGCAGCACCCCCACACCCACCCCCACCUCCACCUCUGCCAGCGAGAGUCGGGGUGUCUGCCUUUACCCCACUGCCCAGGUGCCGGUCCUGCCCCUGCCCCUGCCCCUGCCCUUGCCCGACUCCACCGUGGAGGAGGGUGAGAUCGUCACUGAGGCUGACAUGCCCCCCCUUACAGUGGUGGGGUCAACAGACAGCAACUACCCUACAGCCCCUCCCUCCCCUCCCCCCGAGGGAACGUAUGAAGAGGACUGGGAGGUGUUUGACCCGUAUUUCUUCAUCAAGCACGUGCCUCCGCUGACCGAGGAGCAGCUGACCCGUAAGCCUGCCCUUCCGCUGAAGACCCGCAGCACGCCAGAGUUCUCCCUCGUCCUCGACCUGGAUGAGACGUUGGUUCACUGCAGCCUAAACGAGCUAGAGGAUGCAGCCCUCACCUUUCCCGUGCUCUUCCAGGAUGUCAUCUACCAGGUGUAUGUGAGGUUAAGGCCAUUCUUCAGAGAAUUUCUUGAGCGCAUGUCUCAGAUUUAUGAGAUCAUCCUCUUCACGGCGUCGAAGAAGGUGUACGCUGAUAAGUUGCUGAAUAUCCUUGACUCCAAGAAACAGCUGGUCAGGCAUAGGUUGUUCCGGGAGCACUGCGUGUGUGUCCAGGGAAACUACAUUAAAGACCUCAACAUCCUUGGGAGGGACCUGUCCAAGACGGUCAUCAUAGAUAACUCGCCACAAGCCUUCGCCUACCAGCUGUCCAACGGAAUUCCCAUCGAGAGCUGGUUUAUGGACCGGAAUGACAACGAGCUUCUGAAGCUGGUUCCAUUCCUGGAAAAGCUUGUAGAAAUGAAUGAGGAUGUCCGACCUCAUAUCCGGGAGCGGUUCCGUCUGCACGACCUGCUGCCUCGUGACUGAACCGGGCCGCCGCGGGCCUCACUGGACCACACACACCCAUCCCCUGGAGGAGGUCCUGCGGAGGAGGUGGAGGUAUCCAACGAUCAACUUCUGAAGAAUCUGUAAGAAUCAGUGAUGGACUUACACUCAAGGCUUUGCCUUAUGGUCAAACUUUUUAUGUGAGGAAGAGACUCAUGUUUUACAGCAAUGUCUAUACAUGUAUACACCUUUUUAUACGAGUGGGAGGAACAGGAACCCUUUGGUUGACUUGGAUAUAGCGCCUGGGACGCUCGGACUUCUGGGAAAUGAAGUCCUCGCCUGAAUGGACAGGAUGUCGGAGAUUUUUCACUCUGUCUUGGUGCUUGGACUCUACGUUCUCAACAGCCACAGAUUCCUUCAACAGGAAUGGCCAGUCAAGUAUACAUAUAGGAAACACCUAGUUCUACAUAUUCUGUGACAUGUAUAUAUGACAUGUAUAUAUUUUCUCCUGUGCAUUUUUGCAAAUCUCUUCUGCCCAUUAUACCAUCAUGCAUUCCUCUAAGGUGAAACAAAACAAAGCUGAGAACGUCAUACUUCACGUUGACUCCAUAGGUUUUUACUGGUGGUUGUUUAUAGAUGUAAUUCAGAACUGUUACUUUGCUUUCAAGUUUUAAAAAACUUUUAGUCUGUCUUUAAAAAAAAACUUUUUAAAAAAGUAAUGAAAUUCGUGUAUCAUACAUAGGCCUACACAACCUACAAGUAAAACUGAUUGUCAGAAAGGUUUUUAAAAAAAGAAUCAUGAUUUUAUUGUGCUUGUGACUCAGCCAUGGUGAUUGCUUAAUAUCUGCCCCUUCAACAAGAAUACAGACUUUUUCAUUGCUUCAGAGAUGUUGAGCUUUGCUGAUCUGUAAUGACCUAUUUUAUUAUGUUAAAACUGUCUUGCCUGUCUUUACUAAAAGAGAGAGAAGUGGAAUGUUGGUUUGGCCGUGUACAAAAGAAAGCCGUGUUUGUGAGCGGGGCCAAAGGUGAUGGUUCUGCAGCACCAGCGUUGCAUCAGGCGUGGCCCUUCCACUCCGUCCCUCUGCAUGUCCAUCCUGCUAGUGCCAGGCGUUCACUUAGAGAACCUCCAUGCCUGUGUACCGAGGGACACACAUCGUUUAGUUAGCCAGCUUCUGCCUACAGACUAAGGGAUUUGUGUCCUACCCUAAGUCAGCUCCUUGUCUCUUCAGCUUAUACCAUAAUUGACAUUAAAAAGACACACACACACACACACUUUCAUACAUUUCGUCAGCCAGUCUUUGCUGCCCUCUCCGGCGUUAGCUGUUCUCUUAGUGCUUAAUUUAGUCAAACUCUCCUAGAGGAACGUGUUUGGCACGUGGGUCCAGAGGGGUGAGGGGGGUCGGAGUACCCCCUCCUGAGCGCCUCUAGUUAAUGGGGGUGCUACUCCAGCUGAUGGCAGCGCUGGGUGGGUGGAGAGCCGUGGUUCUGUCUUCUGCUGGGCUCCCGCACACAAUCGCAGAGACGGGGUCAAAGGUCUGGAGAUCGGCACAGUACAGAAUGGGCAGAGAGGGGUUGCAAUUAGACUUUAAAAAAAAAAAAAAAAGUGCUUUGGAGGAUCAGAUUGAUUGUGAGGUGGCCCUGAAUGGCUGUGCCCAUUUUUAUUCAGUGUUCUGGUCAAUUUUUAUGAUCUUUUACUUUUCUAUCCUCAUCUUUGGAAGGGGGUUUUGGCCUUGACUGUUUUUACUGUGUUUUUAUAUUCCUUUAAAUGUCAUUCAACUUGAAUGUAGCCCGUGGGUGGCCUGUAUCCGUGGUGAUUUUUUAAUUUUUUUUUCAUGAUUCCAACAUGAACACCCGCUUCUCUUCCA